AAAUAGUCAGAUAAUCUCAAUAAAUUACUUUUUUAUAUGAGAUACUAGACACAAACAGGCUGCUUUUAGGCCAUGUUUGCAUUUUUUCUGAACUUUAGAGAAGACUUUUUUUCUGUAGGCCUACGAGUGAGAUGACAGCCUGGCAAAAUCUGGGAUCUGUGCUUGUAAACAACUUAAAGUUUUGCUUUCUGUCUCACACGUGGGGCAAGGGAGUAUGCUACAUUGUGCCGGUCAAUUAAAGUAUUACCUUUUCCGUUUGCCUUGUAUGUUGUGUAUUUUUCUAUAUUCAACAAGUCUUGUGUGUACUCAUGGAAUCUGAUAUAAACAAAGGCCACAGGGCUCGCCAUUCUGGACCCAAGGCAGAAAAGAAGAAGGCGAAGAAGGACCACAAGCAAGAGCUCAAUGCAAAGCAAAGGAAUCCAAGGGCUUUUGCCAUCCAGUCUGUAAAUAAAGCUGCAAAAGCUUUUCAGAGGACUGCUGAUAUCAAGACCAAGAAGCAACACAUCCCGAAAGUUGACAGAACACCCACAGAGCCACCGCCUAUAGUGGUUGCUAUCAUUGGUCCUCCGAAAGUCGGAAAGUCUACUCUGUUGAAAUGCCUCAUAAAGAAUUACACAAAGCAAAAGCUGACAGAUAUUCAAGGUCCAGUCACAGUGGUAGCCGGUAAGAAUCGGCGUAUAACUUUCAUUGAGUGCAAUAAUGACAUCAACUGCAUGAUCGAUGUGGGGAAAAUUGCAGACUUGGCCCUCUUAAUGGUGGAUGCCAAGCAAGGAUUUGAGAUGGAAGUGUUUGAAUUUUUCAACAUCUGCCAGGCAACUGGGUUUCCAAGGUGUAUGGGAGUUCUAAAUCAUUUAGAUCUUUUCAAAGACAGCAAGGGGAUGAGGAAGAGAAAAAAGCAGUUGAAAAACAGAUUUGAGGUGGAGCUGUACAAGGGUGCACGUCUGUUCUAUUUGUCUAUGUUGGUGAAUGGAGAAUACCUUCAGAAUGAAGUCCACAACUUGUGUAGAUUCAUAUCUGUGAUGAAGAUGAUUCCUCUUACGUGGCGGGCUACUCAUCCUUAUGUUGUUGCUGACAGAAUGGAGGAUAUCACAAACCCUGAGCACAUAAGGAAGAACCCAAAGUGUGACCGCACUGUCAGUUUGUAUGGAUUUGUCAGAGGGACACACAUGAAGUCAAAGUCAAUGGUACAUAUAGCAGGUUGUGGAGACUACUAUAUUAGGAAUAUGACUUUCUUGCCUGAUCCAUGUCCAACACCUACCAUGGAGAAGAGGCGGUCCCUGAAUGUGAAAGAGCGUGUGGUCUAUGCCCCCAUGUCUGGAGUUGGAGGAAUCGUCUAUGACAAAGAUGCUGUGUACAUUGAUGUCCACGCUAAACAAGUGGCAGAAGAGGAAAAGCCCACAGGUCUUGUUGCUGCCCUCAUGGGAAGUGUCAAACCUGUUGACGAGAAGGUGAAGGAAAGUCAGAUCUCUAUUUUCAAAGGUGGUCCUGCGAUAUCUGGUGAAGAAUUCUCCCGAGUCAGACACAAUUCGGGAAGUGAUGAAGAAUCUGAUGAUGAUGAAAUGGAGGACGAUGCUGAUUCUGGAAUGGAAGCAGAGGACCAAGAAGAGGGAGAUGAUGAUGAAGGCAUGGAAGAGGAAGAUAGUGAUGAAGAGAGCGAGAGCCCCAGUAAAAAGAAAAGGCGCACAAUUCGAAUGGAUGAGGAAACUGAUGACUUGGAUCAGCUGGAAGAAAAUAGUGAUGAGGAAGAAGGUGACGAUGAAAGUGAAUCAUUUCAAUGGAAGCAGAAAAUGUUUGAAAAGGCAGCAGUCAAACACACCAAACGAAAAAACUACUUCAGCCUUGUGUAUGGUGAUGAAGAAGCAAACAACUCAGAGGAUGAGCACACAGAUGAGGAUAUUGGGGGACUGUUCAAGGUGCUGAAGAAGAAAGCUGCGGGCAUUGCAGAAGAGAAGAAGGCAAUCAACAAGAAAGACUGUAGUGCCAGUGGUCCCACUGUUGAAAGUUCCCUGGAUUUAGAGGAGCUUGGUGAAGAAAUCCAAGAUGCGUUUGUUACUGGAACCUGGGAUGCCAGUGAAGAUGCCAAAACUCGCCUAGAAGAAGACGAUGAACUGUAUGGUGAUUUUGAGGACUUGGAAACUGGUGAAAAGUACACAGCUGACCCAGCCCUUGAAAUGGAUGAGGAUGAGAAUGAUUCUCUAGAUCAGACUAACAGUAAUGAAGGUGAAGAAAAUGGAGAGGAUGGAGAUACAGAGCCUGCUGAGGAGGAAUCGAGACCCAAAACUAAGGCAGAGAUGACAGCUCAUGAGCGACGCCUUGCCAAAAAGAGAAAAAUUAAAGAAGUCUUUGAUAAUGAAUAUGACAUGAAGGGGGACAAUGAGUUUUAUGAAUCAUGGAGGGCUGAGACAGCUGAACAGGCUACGCUGAACAAGUCAGAGUUUGAAGAACUGCCUGAAGAGCAACGAGUUCAGUACGAGGGUUUCAGGCCAGGCAUGUACGUGCGCAUUGAGUUUGAACAGAUGCCAUGUGAGCUGAUUGAGAACUUUGACCCAACUUAUCCUAUUGUGAUAGGGGCAAUGACAAAUGUGGAAGAAAAGCUUGGCUAUGUCAAUGUUCGCAUUAAGAAACACAGAUGGUACAAGAAGAUUUUGAAGUCUCGGAAUCCUUUAAUUUUGUCGAUGGGGUGGCGUCGUUUCCAGACAAUACCAUAUUACUACAAACUGGAGGACAACAUGAGGCGGCGAAUGCUCAAAUACACACCUGAACACAUUCAUUGCCACUCUACAUUUUGGGGUCCCAUUACUCCACAAGGCACUGGAUUUCUAGCAGUGGAGUCUGUAUCCAACAAAACGGCCAAUUUCCGGAUCGCUGCCACAGGUGUAGUACUGGAGCUGGACCAGUCAGUUGAAGUGGAGAAAAAGCUAAAACUUGUUGGCAACCCUCUCAAAGUGUACAAAAAAUCUGCUUUCAUAAAGGACAUGUUUACUUCCAAUUUAGAGGUGGCCAAAUUUCAAGGUGCUAAGUUACAGACAGUGAGUGGGCUACGAGGGCAGGUGAAGAAGGCGCUCCAUGCCCCACCAGGAGCGUUCAGAGCAACUUUUGAAGACAGGAUAAAAAUGAGUGAUAUUGUUUUCCUGAAAGCAUGGGUGAAGAUUGACAUUCCCAAAUUCAUCAUGCCUGUGACGUCGCUGCUGCUAGGGGCAUCGGACAAGCAAGCCUGGCUGGGAAUGAGAACUAUUGGUCAGUUGAGACAUGAAAGAGGUCUUCCGGUUCCCCAGCGAGAAGAUUCAUUGUAUAAGCCCAUUGUGAGGUCUGAACGAGUGAGAAAGCCAUUGGUGAUCCCCAAGGACUUGAAGAUGCGAUUGCCUUUCAAGGACACACCGAAAGAUCUUCCUGAAGCCAAAAAACCAAAACGUGUUGCGGUAGUGAUGGAGCCUCAUGAAGCAAAGGUUGCAAAUUUCCUGAAGAGGGUGAAAGCUGUUCAUAAAGAAAAAGCCGUCAGGACCCAUCAUGAAAUGAGGAAGAGAGCUCAGGCACAUCAGAAAAGGAAGCAAGCAGAGGAAGCUUUGAGACAGGAGAAACUGAAAGGGGCAAAGAAAAGACUGCAUAAAAUUCUUGGGGAGAUGAAGAAAAAAAAGGAUAGUGGUUCUGGUCACUUCUAAGAAGUUAGAAUCAGCCAAAUCAAUAGAUGUGUUAUGACGCGAUGGUAUCAGGCGCUCGUCAAUUUUUAGCAUAUAAAGUUAUCAGUAUUAUCUUAAACUUUGUUCAUUUGUCUUGCAUUUGUCCAAAAAAAAAAUUUUUUAAAUACCCAUCUAUCCUGAA